AGGAACCAUCAUACACCCCGUGCGUGGAUUAUGGUUUGAUACAAUGUACGGCAAUUUGUUGAAAGUGGAUGCAUACGGAAACAUUCUAAUUUGUGUGCACGGCUUUGAGUUUUUAAAGCAUUCCCAAGUGUAUGAAGUGUAUCCGAACAAAUUUCUACAAUUGGAUGAGUCUCGAGUGUAUGUCUUAAACACAUUGUUCAAUCUGCCGGAAACUUAUCUUCUGGCGUGUCUCGUGGAUUUCUUUACAAAUUCGCCGGAAUACAUUCGUGAGAAGACAGGCGUGCGAGCUGGUUGCCUAUUCAUGUCGUUUCAGUCAAUUUUCCAGGAUGUCCGUAGUGCCAUGGACUAUGUUCACAUUCACGGUGAUCUGAAGGCGAAAACAACUCAAAACUUGGAUGAAUAUGUGAAAAAGGAUCCACGCCUACCAAUGGUUCUGUCGCGUAUCCGAGAGUCUGGCGCCAAAGUUUUUCUCCUCACAAACAGCGAAUUUAAUUUUACCAACAAAAUAAUGACAUACUUGAUGGACUUUCCGCACGGAGCUAAGCCAGACGAACCGCAUCGACACUGGACCACUUAUUUCGAUAUUAUUGUUGUGGAUGCACGGAAACCGUUGUUUUUCGGCGAGGGCACCAUUUUGAGACAGGUGGAUUCAACAACAGGAGCAUUGCGUGUCGGUACACACAUGGGUCCGCUGGAACAGGGUCAGGUUUACUCGGGCGGUUCAUGUGAUGUGUUCACACAAUUGUUGGGUGCUAAAGGCAAAGACGUUCUGUAUGUUGGCGAUCAUAUUUUCGGUGAUAUUUUGAAGAGCAAGAAAAUACGCGGCUGGAGAACAUUUUUGAUCGUACCCGAACUGGUUCAAGAAUUACACGUAUGGACGGACAAAUGUCAAUUGUUUGCGGAGCUGCAAAAUUUGGACGUUAGUUUGGGCGAUAUGUACAAAAAUUUAGACUCAAGUACUCAUGAAAAACCGGACAUAUCAAAGUUACGAGCUUCUAUUAGAGAUGUUACACACAAAAUGGAUCUUGCCUACGGCAUGAUGGGAUCGUUAUUUCGUUCUGGUUCUCGUCAAACUUUCUUUUCUAGUCAGGUGGUCAGAUACGCUGAUUUGUAUGCCGCAACGUUUCUCAAUCUUAUUUAUUAUCCGUUUUCGUACAUGUUCCGAGCGCCAGCCAUGCUUUUGCCUCACGAAUCAACUGUAGCCCACGAACAGCGAUUCAUUAUGGACGCUCCGAUGAUAUCACGAACAAGAUCACGCAUGGGAUUGGGAUCGUUGAGCACCAUGGAUUCCAUACAGAAAGUGGACGAUAUUAAGGAUGUUCAGACCAAUUCAGUGCCUCAUACUCGUCCCGAAACACCGCGAUCUGUUACACAUAAUCACGAUGAAGAUUGUUCGGAUGAGGAGAGCGAUCCGAUCAAAGUGGAAGAAGAGGAGUGAUUACUAUUUGCACAACGAAUGCUGCUGCUGCCGCUAUACGCUUAGAAUAUUUUCUUUUUCUCUUUCAUUUCAAUAAAAUUUAUCGAAGCAACAAAUUAACAAAUUGAAACAUACACACCCGCGCGCGCGUUUAUUAUCCAAUAAUAAUUUGUCAAACGUACGUUAAUUAGCAAUACAGAGUUGUGUGCACAUUAUUCUAUUAUAUUGAAGCAUGUCGGAAGUGCAUCGUUCGUUUUACUUUCUAAGUUGUGUAGCCUAAUCAAGAAGAAAACAACAAAUUCAAUUGCGCGGCUAGAAUUUAUUUUUUAUUUUUUAAGAAUUGAUUGUAUCUCCAAAAAGCAAUGUCUAUAAUCCAUUUAUGAAUUCGCAGUUAGUAGCACAAGAAGCAAUAAUUUACCAGUAAAAAAAAUCAAAAAAAAGAAACAAAAAAAAUAUUAGAAAAUUCGUUUAGUGUCAAUUCAAUUAGUCAUCGAAUGAAACGAAUCAAAUAAUACAAUAAUUUACAGGUUGUCCUCAUAAUGGAUAUUAUGUUACGAAUUGUGAAUGUAGUGAAGUAAAAUAAAUUAAAAUUAAAA